AUGGUUUCAUUUGAAGAAACUGAUGUUAAGAAGAUUGGGCUUGGAUUGAUUGGAUUUGGUGUAAUGUUUACUCUGCUUGGAGUGUUUCUCUUCUUUGAGAGGAGCUUCGUUGCCAUUGGGAAUAUCCUCCUUCUGUCUGGGGUGACCUUAACCAUUGGAGUGAUGUCUACCUUACAAAUUUUCAUAAAACGACAAAAUUUUAAGGGUUCUGCCUCCUUUGCUGUUGGUUUCGUGCUUAUUAUGCUGGGAUGGCCUGUGCUAGGCAUGAUUUGGGAGACCUGCGGUCUUCUUGUGCUGUUUAGUGGCUUUUGGCCCACUGUUGCUGUUUUUCUGAGGAAGUUACCUAUCGUUGGUGGAAUCUUUCGCCAAUCAUCUGUGUUUUUGUUCUUUCCCCGUAACAGGGUUAACAUGGGUAAACGGAUGCCGAUUUGAGGACCGUAGCCUAAGAGUAAAUGAAUUCUGAAAGAAGAAAACUUUGACCACCUGAAUGAGCUCUAAAGAAAAGAUAAUGGUACUUUGCUGCUAAACUUUGAAACUCAAGCAUGUGGAUAAAGAACAUUCGUUGUCAAACUGGCUAUGUGAUAUUGUGUGUUAGUACUUGUAUCAGUCAAUGAUAUUAGGAGGCAAACAAAACGGAGCCAUACAAGACUCUGAUACACAGAGGUCAUGGAUAAUGCAUGCAACUGUCUCCACUAUUGUCCCAUUUUGUGAUUAAGUCCAAUUUGGUUGAUAUGU